AUGACUUGUGGAAUCACUUUUGCCCAACAAGACCAGCUCGAAAAGCUGCCUAUCCCCAAACUUGAAGACACUCUUACAAAGUAUCUCAGUGUUCUUAAACCCCUCCAAACCCCCCGUGAACAUCAAAACUCACAAGAAGCUGUCAAAAACUUUCUCGAAACUUGUGGCCCUUAUCUCGAUCAAGAACUCCGCAAAUACGGUGCUACCCGCUCCUCCUUUAUCGAACAAUUCUGGUACGACUCUUACCUUAACUAUGACUCGCCAGUCGUCCUUAAUCUUAACCCCUUCUUUCUCUUGGAAGACGAUUCAACCCCAUUUGCCACUACCCAAGUCCAACGUGCUGCCACCCUCACAACUUCUUCGCUCCGCUUCAUCCGUGCCCUGCGACGUGAAGAACUUCCUGCUGACUCCAUUCGUGGCAAAAAUCUUUGCAUGUACCAGUACUCCCGUCUCUUUGGCUCUGCCCGUAUCCCCACCUCUAGCGGCUGCAUGAUGCAGUCUGACACCACCUCAAAUCACAUUGUCGUUGCCUGUCACUCCCAGUUCUACUGGUUUGAUGUCCUCGAUGAAAACAAUGACCUUAUCAUGACCGAGGCAGACAUGGCAAUUAACUUCCAAACCAUUGUCGAUGAUGCUACCGAAACCCCCAUCCAAGAGGCCGCAAAGGGCGCACUCGGUGUCCUCACCACCGAAAACAGACGCAUCUGGGCUUCCGUCCGUGAAAUCAUGAGCCGCGAUGAAGACCCCACAAACAAUGAAUGCACCAAACUCAUUGACUCCGCUCUCUUUGUCGUCUGUCUCGACCACGAGUCUCCUGAAUCUCUCUCUGACCUUUCUAGAAACAUGCUCUGCGGUCUUUCUGUCGUCGAACGUGGUGUUCAGGUUGGCACAUGCACUAACCGUUGGUACGAUAAGCUUCAAAUCAUUGUCACCAAAAACGCCAAAGCCGGUAUCAACUUUGAACAUACCGGUGUCGAUGGUCAUACCGUCUUAAGAUAUGUUUCAGACAUUUAUACAGACACUAUCCUUCGUUUUGCCAAGAGUAUCAAUGGCCAAUCGCCCUCUCUCUGGGCUUCAACCUCCCCUGACCCCGCAAAACGUGACCCGAGCUCCUUUGGCGAUGUUAUCACUACCCCACGCAAGCUCGAGUUUAACAUCACCCCAGAGCUCGCUCUUUCCCUGCGCUUUGCUGAAACUCGCCUUGCUGACCUUAUCGAGCAAAACGAUUUCCAGGCUCUUGAGUUCAGUGCCUAUGGUAUGAACACAAUCAAGAAUAUGGGCUGCUCUCCUGAUGCCUUUGUCCAAAUGGGAUUCCAAGCUGCUUACUAUGCUCUCUAUGGUAAGACUGAAUGCACAUACGAACCCGCUAUGACCAAGCGUUUCCUCCACGGCCGUACUGAAGCCAUUAGAACCGUCUCUGAAGAGUCUAACGAUUACGUCCACAAGUUUUGCGAAGAUGCUCCUGCUGCCCAAAAGCUCGAGUAUCUCAGACGCGCUUGUGAAAAGCACGUUUCUACCACCCGUAUUUGCUCCGCAGGUCUUGGCCAGGACAGACACUUGUACGGUCUCUUCUGCAUCUGGAAAAAGAUUCUCGAUGACGAAGAUGCUGCUGCUGCUGCUGCCGCUGCCACUGCCGCUGGCACAAACUCUAGCACCCCUAAUGGUACCCCUGCUCCUGCCAAUGGUGGCGCUCUUUCCCCCACAGGUACCUUCAACCUGCGUGAGAUCCCCGCCAUCUUUGCUGACCCUGGUUGGGACAAGCUCAACAAUACCAUUCUUUCCACAUCUAACUGUGGUAACCCUGCCCUUAAGCUCUUUGGCUUUGGCCCUACUUCUCCUGAAGGUUAUGGCUUGGGCUACAUCAUCAAGGAGAACUCUAUCACCAUCUGCGCGUCCUCCAAGCACCGCCAGACAAAGCGUCUGCUGGAUACCCUUAACUCUUACUUCCUCGAAGUCCGCACCCUCUGGCGCCAAUCCACUACCAAGUCUACUCUUUCAUUUGGCAGUCGCGCCCGUCACCUCGAUAUGGCUACCCCCCAUGGUGCCCGCACUCCUACUCAUGCUAUCAUCGGCCGCACUGUUAGCUCAACAGCUACCCCACGCACCAUGGAGCAGCAGGAAGACGAGGUCAUUUCCUACUUGUUGGGUGGCUACGGUUACUUUGACAUUAACGAUUACAAGGCUGUCAAGACUCGUGCUGCUUCGCCCGAACCCCCGGCAUUCCAAGCUGCUGCUAACCGUAGAGAACUUGGUCGUAAGCUUCGUCUUGCUGAGUAUUAG